GGGGCUUUUACUGCAGGGGAGCCCCAUACAUACACACACGUACACACGCGCGCAGGCUGAAAAAGGAAAACAUUCUACCUUCACGCGCUGAAUCAACGGUAAGUUCGGUUGCUAGGAUACCUUAAUGUGCCGACGAGGGUUUUCGUUACUCUUGUAUGGCUACUAGCUAACUUUUUGCGUUUUCACGACUGUUUCGGAGAGUUUCUGAGCUGUUUCGGGGUCAAUUUGUGUCUAAUUGUGGGCUACAAAACACCACAGGCGAUAAGGUUGUAUUUUGAAUGACAUUUGUAAGUUUAAAGUCUCGUUUGUAGAUGUUGUCGGUCCAGUUAACUCUAAAUUCUGUCGACAAAACGCUUUUAGUGUAUUCCCUUAACAGUUUGAAACACUUAAACAUCCAAGUUGAAAUGAGUUAUACCUUUGUUGCCUCUUCAGUCGUUUUAAUAAAGAAAAUCGACUCCAAGCGCCUCUGCAGUAUGUUUAUCCUCGCUAAAAUAUUAAUGUGCAGAAGUGAAAUGAUAUGACAGACAGACGGAGCAACAGGUGAUCCUGGUUCCCGGGCAGACGCUUGAUUGACAGCCUUUAUAGCCAAUCGACCGGCAGAGCACAGAGAACAACCACCAAUCGCAUGCGUCCGCAGUGUUAGUGUGGGCGUGGAGCCAGACUGACAGCAGUGCCAUCAGUGGUAGAUCCACACAGUGGUACACCGAGCACAGAGCAGGGAGUGUUUCUGUUUCUGGGAAGGAUUUUCCGUCGACCUGCCGAUAUACGAGAGGGAAAUACGAAGUGAGUUAAUUUUUAUGUAGUUAAGACAAUACAGAGUGGCGUUUUCCUGUUCUGAGAGGAUUGAAUUGAAUGAUUUUUCUGUAUAUUACUCAUACUGGUUGAUAACCUGUUUCAGAGAGGGCAUAAACAUGCAUCUGUUCACCUGCCUGUUAGUCUUCUGCAGAUUAAAUGUCAUUUUAGGUACAAUUCAAAGGCACUGGCGUCUAAACUGUAUUUAAAAUGCAAAAUUCAAUGUGUCAUUUACUGAAAUUAAAGCAAAAUGAUCAGCCAGGCCCUAAGAGGAACACCACAGGAUCUAACUUAGAAAAUAAUGUUGGCUUUGUUGGACUGCUUUACUAUAACAGGCACUGAAUAUGAUGUUGUGUGACUUGAAUUUGAAAAAAACAGUCUUGUUUUUUUCCAUUUGUGUUGAAAAAUGCUUUAGCUUUGCGUCACCUUGUCAAUUUUAUGGGUGACUGUUUAAAUUUCAGAUCAGAUUUAGUAUAUGGUUCAUUCUCUGGUCAUAAAGUUGUAUUGUAACGGAUGAUGCACCACUUUGGACCUUGAUCUGAAUCUGUCACCAACAUCACUUGCCUUUUUUCAAAGAAACAGGACAACCUUUUUAUAGCAUGACUCAACGACCCUAAAACUACACCAUAAUUUAAAUAACAUGUUGAGUCAGUAGUGUCAUAAAACCUCCUUUUCUGCAGGCUGAUGUAAUUAUGUCUUGUGUUGCUCUCUCGUUUGCUCAAUGCUGAUUUAUCAUGUGGAUGUUUUAAUUGUGACCUGCAGAUGGAAGUUGCCAGAGUACAUAACAUUAAGUGGUAACCUUCAUGGUUAUCUUUUUACAUGCCUCCUUUAUAAAUAAAACUAAUGAAUAGGUGAGAGUAAACAUCAAAUUUUCCAGGUAGUGUAAUAUAGACACCUCAUUACAUGAAAACGGCUGCUAAGCAAUAAAAGUCACCUUUGUUGAAACAAGUACAGGCGAUGUUUUGCUGCGACAGCUCUCCUCGUUCUGGUAUGACAAGUAGAUUAGGACAGCUUAAGUUGUCAAACUUCUGAUAGAUUUACGUUAUGGAAGUUAUAACUCAGUUUGUUGACUUUUCUCUACCUGUGCUACUUUAGAGCAAUAUUUUCGGUCAUACAGGUCAACCAGUCAGAAAAAAGGAGAAGACAGUCCUCAAAAUUUAAUAGACUGUUGUUGUUUUAUUGAUGCUUGAGUUUACUUCAAGUGCAAAUGCUUCUGUAAGCCUGUGUUUCAUCCAAAAUAACGUGCAAUAUGUUUUUAGGUCAUUGCUGCAGUCAAUCUGGAAUAUUUUCAGCUCUGAGGAUUAUUGUCAGACAACUGGAUCAAAUCUCCUAAAUCACCAAUCCUUCCUCAUGAGGAAAGAUGGGGAACGGAUUGUCAGAGCAACCGAGUCUCCUUUCAAACAUCCCCUUCUUCCAGUCGUUCCACAUCGCCAUCCUUGGGCUGGACUCAGCAGGGAAGACCACUGUUCUGUACAGAUUGCAGUUCAAUGAGUUUGUGAACACUGUGCCCACCAAAGGUUUUAAUGCAGAGAAGGUGAAACUGUCUCUGGGCGGCCAUGCAACAGGGACGUUCCACUUCUGGGAUGUAGGGGGUCAGGAGAAGCUUCGCCCCCUGUGGAAAUCGUACACACGAUGCACGGACGGCAUUAUAUUUGUGGUGGACUCUGUGGACGCAGAGCGUAUGGAGGAAGCCAAGACGGAGCUCCAUAAAAUCGCCAAGACAUCUGAGAACCAGGGGGUGCCUCUGCUGGUGGUGGCCAACAAACAGGACUUGAGGCACUCUUUGGGACUCGCUGAAAUUGAGAAAUUGCUGGCGCUGAAAGAGCUGGGUCCUGCAACCCCCUGGCACCUGCAGCCAGCCUGUGCUAUUAUAGGUGAUGGACUCAGGGAGGGUCUGGAAAAACUCCAUGACAUGAUCCUCAAAAGGAGAAAGGUGCUGCGGCAGCAGAGGAAAAAGAGAUAAAGUCAAACCAAGACAGACUUGUGACUGUUGUUUUUAUGUGAAGGAAACAAAGGAUUCUGUCCUGAGUGCAGGUCCAGAUUCAAUAAGCUGAGUUUUAUCAGUCCAAAAAUUGAGAUGUAGGAUUCCCGGCCUUGGUCUUGUGAUGAUGCUGUUGAGCAGGAAGUGACACAGAAAAAGGAAUACAGUACGAAGACAAGAAAGUUUCAGACAUGUGUGGAUAUGUUUCUAAAGAGGUUUUGCUAUGGAUCCAAAAGCACUGAGGGUCUGGGGGCAGGAAGGGUGAUAGAAGUUAAGGAUGCUGUAUGUCUCAUGAAUGGCUGUUCAAAACAUGAUUACCAAAAAUAAUUUAAGAGAAGUUUUUAAAGAGUUGAAGGGAUUAUCUGGUAAAUGGUUGAAGGUUAUUACACCACGGGGUCAAUGAAAUAUUCAUCAGUUUUAUUUCAAUGUUUUCAUUUGUAAUUAUACUUUGCUAAUUUUUUACACUGGACUUUCUUUGUUUAAGAAAAGUAUUAUCAUGCAUUAUUAUCGAUUUGUUUGCAGGCUUAUAUCUUGUUUUCUAAGAGCACUUUAGAUAAUUACUUCAUAUGAAGUUUACAAGUUUUUGAUAGAGCUUAUGUGUUGGAUUUUCAAAGAAAUGUGUGGGCAACAUAGCAACAAAUGCUACUGUAGCUGGUCUGUGUAGGCCAUGUUGUCAUUAGACAGGUUAUGUUUUGCCUAAUAAAACAUAUUUAGAGAAAUUCUAACUCUGGAGGGUAUUAUUAUGUCCACAUUGUUAUCCAUUAAUAUGCUUGUAUCUAAAAUCAGGCGCUGAAAGAUGUCCAGGGUUGUUACCUAAGCUCACUGGAGUAGCAGCAUACUUGAGCACUAAAAAGCAUGUUGGAAUCUGCAGGGAUGGUUAUGGGGCCAAAUAUUAUGUGAGCACAUCUGUCAGUUUGCCCUUAAAGAGGCCACAGAGCCACCAGUUCUCCCGGUGGAGCUGCUGAAUUGCGACAUUGCAGGGGUAAUUGUCCUGCUCCAUGUGACUGUGGUGCUAGGUGUGUCUAAAAAAAACAAAACACUUGCAGCGUCAGUCUUCCCUCUGUGCAUUAUUAAAGAGAUCUUCUUUGGUUCCUUUUUAA